AGUGCAGUGACAACCGUGAGGAUGAAAACGUCUGCCCAAGUCCACUGCGUUUUCAUGCUACUUCUUAUACGGACAACGGGAGUGCUACUCUCUUCUUGUGGAGAAUCAAACUUUAAUGAGACCCUGAGAAAAGAAGAAUACGAUUUUGUAAACAUGAGCUAUACAUUCAAUGUAACAAGAAGCACCAAUUCGCUAGAUAGAUUUCACGCUGCGUAUGAGGUUUGUGAAAAUAACCUGAAGAAAUUAAGUUGCAGUCUACGUUGGGAAAACAGUAUGAACUCGUUCGAUAGGAAGGACAUGAGUCGAAAGAGAGGGGUUAUUUGUUAUGGAGAAGAACGAAACCUGAGUAGUUCUGAAGUGGCUUUAGAUAUUCACAUUUUUCAGCGUGUCACGAGGUCACUGAGUGCGAUGAUAUUCUCUGCUAGUGCAGGCAGGACAUCCAGGCCAAAACGGCUGAUACGUGUUGAGGUGUUGUACCCACCGAAAAUGACAAGUAUGACUGUGGAUGGACAUGAGGUUAAAGAUAACUACGUCAUAGAUGAGGGUCAUAAGGUUGAUAUUUCCUGCGCCUUUGAGACAGGGAACCCACCAGUCAUUUUUCAGCUUUUGGAUCAUUUGUUGCUGAAAUCGUCUGGUAAUCAAGGACAUCUGAACUAUUCACUCACUGCCAGGUGUGAAGACGAGUGGCCUAUAAUCAGUUGUCAAGGAAGUGGGUCAACCAGGAACAGAUCUGUGACCUUCCUCGUGGCAUGUCCUCCUCAGUUUGUUGACAGCUCUGUGAAGUUCGUCAGUGUACAAAUCUUUGAAGCCAUAACAUUUCGUGUGAAGGCUCACACAGCGGCACUAACCGGAUGUGUCUUGACCCCAGUGUCAUUAGGCAACAAUAUCAGAAGGGGAGUAAGUUGUUUCCUAAGUGGUAACCCACCUGAUCUCGUCUUGAGUGUUUACCUUUACAAGGAAAUAAACAUCAGCCAAGGAAACUGGUCGUUGAUUCUUCAUAAUGAAAAAGGUUCUGCUAACACUACCUUGUGCUUCAUAGAUGGUCCCAGUCCAACACGAGGCCAUCGUCUAAAGAAGCUUUAAGAAAAUGUCAAACAACAAACGACCAAGAGGUGGUUCGUGAUGCUGAGUGGAAGGAUGCCCCUUUGCGAAGAGAAAAAACUGUUUUCCGUGGGCAAGUGGAUACAAAAGAUCAACAGCUCUCGUUCAUGCUAUUUCCUGCUCAAACAAAAGCUUCAGUCCGUUUAAACUUGACAGUCUUGAGAUAUUUUAAAGAAAGGGCAUGAAAAGGUAAGAGUCGUUUUGUUUUCUGACUUUUUCACCUUUUACUUUAUCCUUUUUCGGUUAAAAAGCACAAAACAAACAUAAGUUUUAGUUAUUGACAAAUUUUAGAAUGUUUCAUUCUCAAACAUCUGAAGAUACGGACAAUAACAACAUAAAAAACAUUACAACUAUUAUAAUUACAUCAUUCAUUUCACUGUCCACAAAAUGUGUUGCUCUAAUCAAACAUUGUGUCUAUUAUCGCGAUGCUCUCUAAAAUGUGCUUUUAGAUGACCUAGAUCCGUCUAAUCCACUUCGCUUGAAACUAAAAAUUAAAUUUAAGUUUUCGCAGUCAUAGCUGCCAAUGGACCUGCAAUAUAAUUACAUUCAUUGUCGUUUUAAAGAUCUUUCUUUAUCGUCCAGAAUACAAACCUUAUGUGCAAAUAUUGUCCGCUUUAGUGUAUCAUAUUAAAACGUGUUGAACUCCCUUGUGUGAGGAGAAAGGCACCAUAUAAAGUCAUCUUUGUUAUUAUUGUUAUGAUUAUUUGACUUAUUUUAAACGUCUGCCUACAUGUAUAAGCCAGGAGCAAUCGGUAUCGGGGUUUCUUCGCGUAAUCCAGUUUCCUCCCCACUCCCUCCCCACUAUAGUGAGAAAUCACUUCAAGGCGAAAGCAUUUUCCUACGAAAAAAGAAACCACCCAGCCAACCAAGCCAACCUUUAUUUAGUCAGAAGAUAUACGAAUUAUAUGUUAUUAAACAUUUGUUUCAUUUUCUUUUUGGUUUAUUGUUUCUUGGGUAAAUCAUGUCAUGCAUUUUAAUAUAUAGUAUGUUUUAUUUUUAAUUUUUUUCUUUAACAGGUACUUUUGGAAAAUUCAUAGGACUAGAAGGCAUCAGCACGCCAGCUAGAUGAAGGCUUUAAAAUCAAUUACAACUCCCAAAACCACUAGACCAAGCUUGUAAAUGUAAUAAUGGAAAUAAGUUUUGAAAUAUUCUAGUUUUAUUAUGAUAACCUACUGUUUGUAGACUGGUUCUA